CAGACAAAAAGGAACCAGCUUGAAAGUAUACUAUCAGAUACCCAGUUGUCUCGCUUCAAACGUCUCCGGUUAGCUUCAUUGAUAGAGCUGAAGCUCCUCUUCUACAUCGCUGCCCCUGCAGUGAUAGUCCACAUGAUCAACUAUCUCAUGUCCAUGUCCACCCAGAUCUUCUCCGGCCACCUUGGUAACCUCGAGCUCGCCGCCUCCUCCCUUGGCAACACUGGCAUCCAAGUCUUCACCUACGGCCUCCUCCUGGGAAUGGGGAGUGCAGUGGAGACCCUGUGUGGGCAAGCCUAUGGUGCAUCCAAGUAUGAAAUGCUAGGGAUAUACCUUCAGAGAUCAACGAUCCUUCUGAUGCUAACUGGGGUCCCACUCACACUGAUCUACAUCUUCUCCAAGCCAAUCUUGAUACUUCUCGGCCAAUCAUCAAGGAUCGCAUCGGCCGCUGCCAUGUUCGUGUACGGCUUGAUCCCUCAGAUCUUUGCUUACGCAGCCAACUUUCCAAUGCAGAAAUUCUUGCAAUCACAGAGUAUUGUGGGUCCCAGCGCUUACAUAUCGACGGCUACGCUGCUUAUGCAUUUGUUGCUAAGCUGGGUAGUGGUGUACAAGAUCAGGCUUGGGUUGUUAGGGGCUUCCUUGGUGCUGAGCCUGUCGUGGUGGAUCAUAGUGGUGGCCCAGUUCAUAUACAUCGCCAAGAGUGAACGUUGCAAGCGCACCUGGACCGGGUUCACCCUACAAGCUUUCUCCGGGUUGCCCGACUUCUUUAAGCUAUCAGCUUCUUCGGCUGUGAUGCUGUCCUUGGAGACUUGGUAUUUUCAGAUUCUGGUUUUGCUUGCCGGUUUGCUCCCAAACCCGCAGGUGGCUUUGGAUUCACUCUCUAUUUGCAUGACGAUAGCUGGGUGGGUUUUCAUGAUCUCGGUUGGGUUCAAUGCAGCUGCAAGUGUGAGAGUGAGCAAUGAGCUUGGAGCAGGAAAUCCAAAAUCGGCAGCGUUCUCAGUGAUGAUAGUGACUUCAAUAUCAUUCAUAAUCGCAGUGAUCCUGGCUAUAGUCGUGUUGGCAAUGCACCAUUAUAUUAGCUAUGCCUUCACAAGUGGUGAAAUUGUUGCUGAUGCAGUCUCUGAGCUUUGCCCCUUGUUGGCCAUUAAUCUCAUCCUCAACGGAAUCCAACCUAUCCUAUCAGGUGUGGCUGUUGGGUGUGGUUGGCAAAAAUUUGUGGCCUACGUUAAUGUGGGAUGCUACUACGUUGUUGGGAUCCCUUUAGGGACUGUUCUUGGUUUUAAGUUCAAUUUUGGUGCUAAGGGAAUAUGGUGUGGGAUGAUAGGAGGGACUGCAAUGCAGACGAUGAUUUUAAUAUGGGUUACUUAUCGAACGGAUUGGAAAAUGGAAGUGGAGAAAGCCAAGAAACGCUUGGAUAAAUGGAAAUUAAUGGAAGUAACACCAGGAAAUUAA